AUGAAUGGAACCGAAAUUGAUCUAAUCAAUGAAUAUACCAAGAAUUGGAGUAAUGAAUAUGUGAAAGCUCUUGUGACAAAAACUGUUCAUAGAAAUGUGAGUUUUUCUUGAUUUUAUUCAGAUUUCAAUGAAAAAAUUACAGAAAAUCACAGAAAAAUUCAAAAACUCAAAAAUUGAAGAUGUUCACAAGUUGCUGGAGAUAUUAUUUGAGGAUGAAUCGAAUGAUAUUCAUGAAUGUUAUAAGAGCAAAGAUGAUUUGUUGAAAAACAUAAUUGCAAUUCAAAUGUUCUCAAACCAGAUGCUAUAUUUUGGUUGUCGAUUGAACUUCAACACCCAACUCUAUUGUUCCAUUGAUAUAAAUGAGGUUAAAUUUAUUACCAAACAUGAUGCACUGGCAGUUUUUCAUCAAGAAGUGCAUUUAGUUCAAUAUCCUACACUCAGCGAAUUAAUGAAGAUAUCGAUUCUUCGAGAAAUCUCAAGAAAUUUGGAAGAUAACAACAAGAGCCAUGAAAUGAUUCCUUUCAAAUUAUUGCAUGAAAAUGUCCUUCACUUUAGAAACACCUAUUUUCCUCGAUUCUCGCCUUAUAUCGAAGCUGUCGAAAUACAUCAAAUCACACGACUUUUUGAUUCGAAACAUGAUAUUGAUUUGAUGUUGCAAAUGGUUGCGGGAAUCCAUCAAGUAACAUUGGGUUUAUCAUAUUCGGACAAACAGUUACAAUAUUCUCUCAUUCAUAGAUAUUUAUCAUGCUGGAAGAAAAAUAUUCGAAAGUUUUUUGAGGACAAUCAUUGGUUUCAUGAUAAAUAUCCAGUUGUUCAAGGAUUUUACGAAACUAAUGAGAAUAGUGAUAAAUCAAAGUUUUUCAUGGCAAAAGAAUUGGAAAAUGCGCUGGAAAUAGCAUUGAAAAAACGAUAUUCGAAACCAUUUCCUAAAGGUAUUCAAAUAAAUUAUAAUAAAUACAUUUAUUCUAUUGAAUUUCAGGUCUAAUUUCAAUUGAAACCGAAGAAGAACGUAAACUGGGAAUAUUGAAGAUUGUGGAUUGGGAGACUUUUGGAAAAAUCAUAAAAAUUCUCAAAUUAUCGAUGACUGAUAUUUAUAUUCUUGAUGUGCCAAUUCGAGAAGUACAUUUUGGUCACACAUCUCCAAUCUCAACUCCUUAUGGAACUUAUUGUAAAUUGGCUUUGAAUUCAUUUAUUGCGUUAUUCGAUGAAGUUGCAAAUGGAAUGAAUCUAUUCCGAAGAGGAGGUCUGAAAAAGGACAAUUUUCCAAAAAUCAUCGAAUGGUUUGCGAAAUUGACUGAAAAUGAUCAAGUAUUUAGUGCUUAUUGGAAUAAACGAUUUUUGAUCGAAACUUGGAAAUUGGAAGAAAUUAUUGAUCGAGCUUAUAUUGAAUUAGAACAAUUUAUGACCAAGGUAUGUUUAUAAAAUGUUGAUUAUUUUUCAAAAAAAAAUCAUUUUUUCAGUCAAUUCGAAAACUUCCAAAUUUUCCUAUGAAAAAAUUCGGUAAUCUCUGAAUGGGGCCCCUGAAUGGGGCCAGUUUCUGAAAAAAUGGGGCCACCUGAAUGGGGCCACUUGUGUGGCAAAUUCCCUCAAUGGGGCCAGCAAGAAAAAAGUAAGAAUUUCUCCCUUUUUCCUGAAUGGGGCCACCUAAAAAGAUGAAACACAUAAUUUCUGUAUAAUUCCUCAAUGGGGCCAUGUAUUUUUUGUGCAUUUCCUGAAUGGGGCCCAUCUUUUCAUUUUUAUACAUCUUGUGACGUCAUAGUGAUCGUGAAUUGAAAUUUCAUGAAAGUUUUCAAAUUUUUAAUAACGUUAUUAUGAUGUGGUUUUUAUUCUUGUCAGCAUUGAAAACAUUUCGAAUGUAACUUUUUCUCAAAUUUUCAGGCUCUGAUGAUGAAAAUAUUUAAAUUUUCCUCGAAUAUUUCGAAUAAUUUUUCCGGGUAAACUUUACAUUUUCCCAAUUAUUUUCUUCAAUUAAAUUGAUGUUUUCUUCUAAAAUAAGUUUUUCAUUUCAUUAAGUUUUGGUUAUUAUCGUAUUCUUAGCUAGUUGACAACAAGUUUUUGGAUAACUUCCCAAAAAACUCAUCGGGGUCCCCAAAAAACACACCUUUUUUGCGCGAUGUCCGUGUCUUGUUUAUGGGCAAGGUGCCAAAAUACCAAGGUGUGAAAACUUAUAUGACAUGUUUUUCAAUAGUUUUCAAAUUUUAUAUAGAAUUUUUGUGAGAAUUAUCUAACGAACUACUUCCAGAUUUUGGUUCAAUUUUCAAAAAAUGCUUCUGUGAAUAUUUUCGAAUUGUUUAAUGCGUAGUAACCCGAAAAUUUCGUGACCCGAAAAUUUGAGAAAAAACAUUUGAUAUUUUUUCUCCAAUUUGUGAAAAUUCUGAAUUUUCUCUGUGAUUUUUGAUAGUUUUCGAGUGUUUGAAAAAAGCAAGACUUGAAUUCCAAAAAGAAAUAUUUCAUUUAAUUUUACUGUUUCAAAAAUUAUUGAAACUUGGGAAUUUUUAUGUAAGAGAGGCUUCAUGCCUUCAGAACCCAACAUUUGCAUACGUGGUACUCGGCAUAUGAAUAAGUUAUAACUCACAUACGCUAUUAAAAAAUUUGAUAACUUUCAUGAAAUUUCAAUUCACGAUCACUAUGACGUCACAAGAUGUAUAAAAAUGAAAAGACGGGCCCCAUUCAGGAAAUGCACAAAAAAUACAUGGCCCCAUUGAGGAAUUAUGCAGAAAUUAUGUGUUUCAUCUUUUUAGGUGGCCCCAUUCAGGAAAAAGGGAGAAAUUCUUACUUUUUUCUUGCUGGCCCCAUUGAGGGAAUUUGCCACACAAGUGGCCCCAUUCAGGUGGCCCCAUUUUUUCAGAAACUGGCCCCAUUCAGGGGCCCCAUUCAGAGAUUGCCAAAAAUUCAAAGCUAUCAAGGAACUUUGCAAAUUGUCAACAGAUUACGAAGAGCUUUCUCUCCAAUUCAGAUAUAAUUUCAUGAAUGAAAGAUCUGCUCUUGCUGCCACUCUAUGGCCAUCUGAUAUUUUAUUAUCACAUCGAAUAAUUAUUUUCAAUUAUAUGAUUGCAUGCAAUAAGAAAGUUGACAAAUUUUGUGCGAGUCAAGGGUAUUUUUUGAGUUUUAGUUUUUCGACUACUUUACCAGAAGUGAACACGAAAAUAGUUGAAAUUGGAGAAGAAGAUUUGAAAAAAAUGAAAGAAGAGGAAUUCAUGUAAGUUUUUUUGUUUUUGAAGUCUAGAAUUUGACACUGUGUUUUUUCCUAAUAGAAAAAUGCAAUCUCGAGGAGACGCAGACACUCGCUGGUCUCGACACGCAGUGUGUCUGCCACACACUAUUUCUCCCCCUUUUUCGGCGAGAGAUUUGUCUGCACACGUUAAAGUCUGCGUCUCCCUCGAAUUGCAAAAAAUACAGUGUUGAAGAUGACUUUCGCACUGAGCAUUUUGUGAUUCUGGCCUAGAAAAUUUAAACAAGCGGUUUAUCGAAAAGUUCGGCCACGCAAUCAUGUGCGCUCUGUUGUAAACAGUUUUUUUCGAAUUCUCGAAAAAUUUGUGUGGCAGACUACUGUAGCUCGCAGUUGUGUGCAAACACGGCGACACACAAAUGCAUGCCCCAUUGGUUCGUGAGGCUGGAGGACUACAGGAAGUUGUGAAAUUGAGAGAAUGUGAAAAAUACUAAAAAAAAUACAAGAUUUUAAAAAUGGCGUUGGCAGUUCAUACUCCAUGCUCACAAUCAGUGCGAAAAUCAUCUUUAUGGGGUGAUUCAGUCGAAUUAAUCGACGUGAAUUUGUCAAUUAAUUGACAAAAAAUUCGAGUCUUUUAGGGCGAUUAAUUUCACGUUUUUGUCAAUUCCUCGCUUUCAUUUCUUGGCAAAAAAUGCGAUUAAUUGCAUAAAAAUAGAAUUUAUUUGACCUAUAUUUUGAAACGUGACCUAUAUGAGUUGGAAUUAUCAACAAAAAAUUGUCUUCUCUCAAUUUUCUUUCAUUUCGAAAUGAAUUCAAAAAAUAAGCAGUGAAUUUAGAACACGUUUCGAAAAAAAAGGUCAAAUAAAAUCUAUUUCGUAUUGAAAUUCCUCAUUUUUGAAUGCAAUUAAUUGCAAAAAAAGAUGGAAUUAAUCGACAAAAACGUGAAAAAUCGCACAAAAAUGACUCGGAUUUUCUGUCAAUUAAUCGUUAAAAAAAGGAAUUGAAUCACUCCAUUAAAGUGAAGAAUGAAAAGUUGAAGUUCAUGCUGAAAAUUUUCAGGAAAAUUCUUCCAACAAUCCCACUUCAUUUCAAAAUGACAUUCAAAGCGUUGAAUGAAAGAAUCAAUGCAAAUAUUUCGAAUCGUGGACCAAUUCGUUGUGUUUAUGUAGGUUUUUGAAUAAUCCAACAAAAACAAAAAAGUAUUUUUUCAGAAAGUUGAAGAUAAAAGGAAAUAUGUUGAAAUUUGCUUGAAAUAUACGGAAUUUCUCGAUUUUGCAUGGACAAGCGAAAAUGAAUGUUUGGUUAAGAGAAAAGUGAUUCCAUCAAAACGAGAUGAAAAAUAUAAUGAUUUGAUUCUUUCCGAUAAGAAAUUAUUGAAUACUUGGAAUGAUAAAAAAGGAUUAUUCUCGAAGGAAAAUUUCGAAGCGUUUUGUGAGAGACUCGAAGAAAUGAGAUAUGAAGCUGAAAAUGAAGAAGAAGUUGAAUCGAUUACAAAAGUUUUGAAGAGUCUUGAAAUUAAAAACGCCAAGCCAUCUGUCUAG